CGUUGGAACCAUCGUGACUCCACCGAGUCACACCAUACUAACGGAUGCCGACGAAAAGCAUUCAAACGACGCUUUCUGAAAAGUAAAAACAAGUUCCGGAAAGGCGGGCCUGGAAACUCUAGAUGACACACUUUUUACCUCCUCCCGUAGUCAAGCAUCGUUCAAGGUAGUUCAGAGAAUCGGUACGCGGAACACGGACAAGGUUGAAAGUGUUGACGUUUUUGCCAUGACUUUUGGAGCUGUCGCCUAUCGAUUCAUUGGCCGUCAGGUGCUGCAGCGGCCGACCAGAUUAGCGUUGACCAGGCUAUUGCACUGUCAGCGCUUCGAACCUAAACUAUCCCUGGGCACAUCCUCAUUCUUGCCCGGUCGAACCUUCUGCCGGGCCUCCAAAAGGCCCCGCUGCUAUGCCCGUCGCAAGCAAUCUACCUCGACGACGGUCAAACGAGAAAACGCGACUCUAGCGACCGCAGAAAGCGCCGCAUCGAACAACGAGCGGGAAUCGUUUUGGAAAACUGUGGAAGAUUUCUGGCGCAAACCCCGCACGAUCCCAAUACCGCGCUGGAUAUCACCACGCCACCACACCAUGACCGUAUCCGAAAUUUUUGGACAUUCCUCCUUUCUACUCGUGGCCAUUUCGUACGCUGUCGACGACUUUUUGAUGCCGCGAAUUAUUGCCGUGGCUGGCUCCACCGCAAUGUUGGUCUUUACCUACUUUCAUCCACACGGUCGCGUGUUGUGGCUUCCGUUCAAAUGGAACAUGCUCUUUAUCGCAAUCAAUUCGUACCGUAUUGGAAAAGUGUACUUGGAGCGCUACUGGGCAUCGCAGCUGUCGGACGAAUUUCUGGAACUCCGUCGAAAGCAUUUUUACUUGAUGGACGCCGAGGACUUUGCUAAACUCGUCCGUUUGGGAAAAGUAGAGGAAUACAAACCCGGGGACCACAUUGCGAGUCAGGGGGUCAGCAACUGUUACAUGCGACUGGUUUUGGAAGGCGACUUGGACGUUUUGCGUGAUUCUGAAUUGACCUACGUUCUAGAAAAGGCUAAUUUUGUGGCGGAAGCGGGCCUGCAUGCGGGACUAUUGCUGCCGGGUGAAAUGGAGAGUUGCUGCACAGUUGUGGCCAAGACCAAAACGCGUUUGCUGGUUUGGGACCGUUCCGAGCUCGUGGAACUCCUGGCUCGGGAUGCCGGCAUUCUUCGCGCUCUCAAAGCAACCUUGACGUGGGAUUUGGUCCGUAAGCUGAAGGGACAGCGCUUGCUCUUGUCGACCGGAAGGGUAAAUGAUCCCGAAGCGUGGACGGUGCGCCGCAACGAACAGACGCAGCAUCGAUAUGCGGCUAUUCUUCACAACAUUUUAUUGCAUCCGUACUAUCUGAAAAAGGAACGGAACGAACUCAACAAGUACCGAAUGAUUCAUCACAUUGAUGACGAGGCACACAACAAGGCACUUCGAGAAGUAGGAUGGACACCGGAAGAAUUCGAGUUGGGCCAUCGCAACGGACAUGGAGAAGACAUGGUGGACGGGAGACGUGGGUGGAAAUGGUACAUUCACGAGUAUUUUAUACGAGUGUUCGGCCAUUGAUUGGAAAGGUUGCCACAAUUGUGUGGCCCACAAAAUGUUGAAUUGCCGACUCUAUCGGUUGGACCAAAGAACGAGUCGGCAGCUGUACGUUACCGACAGCUCGGCCGUGCUGUAUGGGUAAACAAUUUUGAAAUUAGUUAUUCAUGUCCAU